CCCUAUAAACCGGGGGCGGCGUGCCCUGGCCGCCAUUAACACUGCCACAGCAGCCGUGUCCACCUCACGUAUGAUCUGUAGCCACUCAUAGUCAUAGAUAGACGCUAGCUGCUUAGCCUGUUCUGCCGUAGCUGUCUCGUGUCCUUUACUCUGCCUGCCUGCCUGUCUGAUUGCCCCUCGCGCCUCUGAGCGGCCGCCAUGGAUAUCUGGAAGUCCAAGGUGCUGCCCAAGAUCAAGCUCGUCUUCGCCAAGUCCGCCGGCAAGAAGGCCGCCGCCGCCGCCGAGCUCGUCAAGUCCUUCGACGAGUCCAAGGAGGGGAUCAAUGGCGAGUUCGAGGAGAAGAAGGCGGAUCUCCAGCCUAAGGUCGUCGAGAUCUACGAGUCUGUUCCUGCCCCGCUCAAGGUUCUGAUCAAGGAGAGGAGCAAGGUGUCCGGGAUCAAGAAGAACUCGGCCGCCAUCACCAAGUUCUUCGAGGAUCUGGCCAAGAUCGAGUUCCCUGGCGCCAAGCAAGUGAGCGAGGGCAUCUCCAAGGUCGGCCCGGCCCUGCUGUCCGGCCCCAUCUUCGCCACGUUCGAGAAGGUCUCCUCCCUGCUCCCUGCCGCCGCCGAGGAGGCGCCCAAGGAGGCUCCGGUCGCCGCCGAGGAGGCAGCCGAGAAGAACGCCGCCGCCGCCGCUGUCGAGGAGAAGGAGGAAGCGCCGGCCGGUGAGAAGAAGGAAGAGGCUCCGGCAGCCACGGAGGAGAAGAAAGAGGACGCGGCUCCUGCAGCCGCCGAGGAGACAACCACAGCCGCCGCCGCCGCCGAGACUGCGCCCCCUACUGCCGAUGCACCUGCCGCAGAGCCCGCGGCGGAGGCGGCCCCAGCCGAGCCGGCGGCGAAGGCCGAGGAGGAGACGCCCAAGGCCUAGCCUAGCCAGGGUUCAGAACUUCAGAUUCAUCUUGCAGCCCGCAGCUAUAGGUUGAGAUCGAGAUCCUGCCCCGCGUACAACCAUGCUCUAUCAUGAUAUCAUUCACCAUUCGUUGUUCUUGCAUAUAUGCACAAUGUUUUUGUUGCUUUCUCGAUCGACCCUGUUCCUACGCAGGCCGGUUAGACAUGUAUGUAUAUGUAUAAGCCUAUAUUUUUUGUAUGUACUUAUUAUUCAUUUGAAGUGUGAGGACAUGUAUAUUAUUCGCAGUUUUGGUUAA